AUGUUACUAUCUACAUUCAGAGUUGCUGAAGAAAUGCAAGAAGUCAGAAUAGACUAUGUGAAAAAUAUAUUGGCAGUGGAUGCUACUUCCAUGUGCUGCAAAGAAGUGAAUAAAGUUUGUAAAGUAGCUGCCAUAACAGACGAUAACGAAUACGCAUAUUUGCAGCUUUUUGAGCAAGAAUGUGAAAGUUGCAUGGAAAUGGAAAUAAAAUUGAAAAGAAGUCAAUUUUGUGGGCAUCUGUGUCUGACAACGCUUGCUUCUCAAGUAAAUAAAGUGAAUGGUGCACAAACACUUAAAAAUAAGAACCCCGUAACUGGAUUUUGUAAUUUCAGUCUAUACUGGGUCCAGAAUAAGCGCUAUGCAUCAGCUCUCGCUACACCAUCAGAAAUAAUACAUACUUCGGCAUAUUUAGAAAAACCUGCAAGCACAUUUAUAAUCAGCAUAAUUGAACUUGACAAGGCAAUAUUAAAAGACAAAUUAAGAAAGCCAGAAAGUGAAGCAAUUCUUCUCACAAUAAAUUUGAAUAAUUGCAGUAACACAUCAAAAGGAAUUUCAGAAAAAAUGGUAUGGUUGCGAAGAAAUGGUGGCACAUGUACUUUGACAACUACUGCUGCGACUUCAGAGCGAUGUCAGAUUAUGCCUAUGCUAAAGAAACGGCACGAAGAAGUUUUCUGUGCUUCAGUGACUAUUGCAAUUGCGGAGAACGUGAUUGCCACACCAUUAAUUACGCCACAAUCAGAAUAUGAAGAAGUAACACUCUCUUCAAAGCAUCUCUUUACUUUCUAUAGGCUUGAUGCAUAUAAAACUUUAGCAUCACAUAACCGAGGUGCUAAUGUCAAGUUGAAACUACUUGAAACACGAGAAGAGACAGAAUUUUCGACUUAUCAAAUAAAACAGGAAGAUGCGAUGGAACAAGUAACCACACUACUCCCUGAAGUUUAUUUUGGUGGUCGACUUGUUUUUGUGACUUUUGCUGCAACAGAAAGCGCAAUUGAUGUAAUAUUUCAGUUAAUAUCAAAUGCAGUUUCUGCAAUGGAAGUACAUUUGAUGAAAACGGUAGCAAAUGAGGGAAUACCACAAGUCUAUAUCAGUCAGUCAGCAGGUUUAGAAGAAAACAAUCAAGUAGUAGCUUUGGAAUGUAAUGAUGCAGUAGAACAUCUGGCUGUUUCAUGGAAGGCAGCGAAUUUGGCCCAAGUAAACUUUAUCACUGCAGAAAGUAGUUUGAAAACAGAGAAUCUCGUUAUUCAAUAUCAACAUACAGAAGAGAACGCAAAGGUUAAAAAAACGGUAAAUUUAGCACUUUACGGUGGACAGCAGAGUCUUGGUACAAGAGCAGCUGGUGAAGUUAUGGCAAACAAGUAUUACGAAUUUACAUCCAAACAUAUGACUAGUGUAGAAGUAGAAUUAAUGUGUAAGAUUAUUGCUACUGUAACUCCGUGCACAUUAAACACCCAAUCAAGUAAAUUUGAAAUAAGCAAACAAGUAUACCAGAUCCAGAAGAAGCUGGCUGCUGAAAAGGAUACCACGCGAACUUUCACAGUUGCGCACUUGCAAUGUAUUACAUUUAAGACUAAAGAAAGUAUGACUGAAGUAGAAACGGUUACUGCUCAAUGGCAACGUUGCAAGACAACUUCUGAAAUAGCUUAUAUAUGCCUCGUUGAAAAACGUUUCGGUGGAACGAUAUGUUUGUCUACAGAUUUUGCUCAAGAAGUAAUUGUCACCUGCGAAGUUCCUCUAAAAGCUUUCUUUUCCGUAGAAAGUGCUAGUUUCAUUCAAUCCAUCGCUUUCCAGAGCAUGGAACACCCCAUACUUCUAACAGCAUCCAGUACUGAAUUGCAGAAUGACACUGAUUGCUGCUUAUAUCAUCCACCUAGCAUUUGCCAGUCAGAGAUUACUGUUCAUGUUAGUAAUCAAGCUGGGAACAUAAUUAAAAAGCUAGCCGAAAGUACUGUUAUUUUUGAAACCAUAACCACUCAUUACCAGCAAUCAGAUGUACUUCAUUCAUUUUCAGGAAUAAUUCCUGAAGCUCGUUAUGGUGGAUCACUAAUCUUGAACACCUUAGCUAUAACAGAAACAUCUGUUAUUGUGAACUUCAAUCUAAUAUCUGCAUCUUGCAAACAUAUGGAAAUGGAAUUCAUUUGUUUACAUAAAAAUUGUAUAGUUGAGAAUUACCAUGUAUUAGCAAGUACCGAAAAAACUACUUUAACAAGCAUUCAGCUUGAACGAGUCAACAAUGAAGUCUUCAAUUCUGUAACUGUUAAACAUGUACCAUGCAAAGGUAAUGGCUUAAUAGUUAAUUUUAUGGAAUCGUCAGACAUCAAUGAAUUCAACAAUUUCAUGCUCACAAGUCAUGCAGAAGCAGGUGUGACAGCUGCAAUCACUUUGAAAGAACCGCGUUAUGGUGGCUGCGCAAAACUGCAUACUACAUAUGCAUCUGAAGAAAUUGUUUCAAGCAACAGCAUACUGAAGAAAGAUAUGAUGAAACAGCAAAUAGAACUAUGCAAGAAAACAGCAAACUGGGCCGACUCAAUUACUUUCACAAGUCUAGCUUGUCAAGAAGUCGGGAUUUCUAUCAGCUCGACAUUAGGAUCCGUGAAACAAGCUUAUUGUGAAACUUCCAAGAAAUUGAUGAUACCAAAUUGCGAACAUGAACAAAAGUUUGAUACAAGGGAGUGCACUGAAGUAGCGCUAGUGAAAAACUUUACCUUGCAAAAAUCUUCAACUUACAAAUCGGCACUCUUUACUGUGAGAACUAAACAAGUCAGAGGCAAUUGCGAGUUGCAGUGUAAAUCGCCAAGUGAAGUGUGCGCAGAUCUGUAUAAGUGCUUGCAGUCUAGAUUACCUUUAAAGCAACACGCUGGUGUCACAUUGAUAAUCAGUACAGUACGUAAAGGUCUAGGCGUUGCUAUGAAAGUGAUUGAGACAGAGGAAACAAUUUUCAAUGCUGAAGUAUCAUUCGAGAAACAAAACUUGGCAGCAAUAAAUACUUACAAUGAAACGAACGUUAUGUCUACUGAAAUAUUACCAAGUAUAGAGAGUGUAGAAUCAGAUUUGCGUGAAAUGGAUUUGCGCAGUCAUUUAUAUGAAGUUCAUGAAAGAUCUGAUCCACAGUUGUUUUCUGCAGUGUUUUCAUCUCAUUCUUUCCAAUUAGAUUCCGUGGAGCAGACGUUGAUACGGCAUGAAGCAGAAUUGCGUGCGGAGAAAUCGCGCUCAAAUGGUGAGGCAGAAAUUUGUAAUUCAGAACAUGCAGUAGAGCGUGAUAACUUAACGUGUGAAGAGCAAGUUGAUUUGAAUUUACGAUUAAUAGCCGAAGGAGACGGAGAACGAGAAGAGAAAAUCGAAAAAAGGGUGAGUUUUGCUGCUGAGGUAACGGAGAAAACGAUGGCAGUGGAACAACAAGAACCCCCAAAGAUUGUCAAAAAACCAAUGAAAAAAGAACAGCGGCUUGGAUAUCGAAAUGUUUUACGUCAGAAUGAAGCACCAAACUUCAUACCCGUACGUCGAAAUAGCCUGCUUCUGGCAAUGGAUCUUGGUAGUUUUCAUAAUAUACCUCAUUACAAGACUCUUGAGGAUGUUAUUCGAGGAAUCAGAAAGGCUGGUUUGGAGUAUUCGAAUUUAAUUUUUGGGAUUGAUUAUACAAAGUCAAACAAGUAUCAAGGCGAACGAACAUUUGACGGAAGAAACUUACAUUCCCUAUGUUCAGAUGAAAUGAAUCCCUAUCAGCAGGUAAUCGAAAUAGUUGGGAAGACUCUAUCAUCUUUUGAUGCCGAUGGAGUCAUACCAACCUAUGGAUUUGGUGAUGAAGAAUCGACUGACAAAAGCAUCUUUAAUUUAUAUGAUCGAAAUGAUGUGCAAGCAGAAUGCAACGGUUUUGAAGAAGUACUGAGGGUGUACAAUGAUAAGACACCAUUUAUUGAAAUGUCAGGACCAACAAACUUCGUACCUCUCAUCGAGCAGGCCACAACUAUUGUUCGGCAAAAGCAGUCAUACCAUAUACUAGUUAUCGUUGCUGAUGGACAAGUGACUAAUGAAAAAAUCAACCAAAAAGCUAUAGCUGCAGCAUCACGCUAUCCAUUAUCAAUUAUAAUGGUUGGCGUUGGUGAUGGACCAUGGAAUAUGAUGACUCGAUUUGAUGAGACAUUGCCAAAACGAAUGUUUGACAACUUUCAUUUUGUGGACUUCCAUAAAGUGAUGUUCAAUGCUCCGAACCAGGAAGCAUCAUUUGCUUUAAAUGCCCUCAUGGAGAUUCCAGAUCAGUACAAAGCAAUUAAAGAACUUGGUCUACUCAAGAAUUCACAACGUGGUUAG